UUCAAAUUGCACUAAUAACACUGUUAUUUUUCCACACUCUAAAAUUUCAAUCAACCUUCUUUAGCAUUCCAUAUUUUCUUUAUCCUUAAUUCAUCAUCAUGGCUGAAGAGAAGCACCACCAUGGCUUCUUCCACCACAAGAAGGAUGAAGACCAAGAUCGGCCAGGCUACGGUGGUGAUGCACCCUAUGACUCCACCACCGGUGGUGGCUAUAACCAGUAUUCUAGUGAUACCACUGACACUGGAUACAACAAGUACUCUGGUGACACCACCACUGGUGGUGGCUACAACGAGUACUCCUCCGGCGGUGAUACCGGAUAUGGAAACAAGUACUCUGGUGAUAAGACCACCACGGGUACCGCCUAUGGUGGUGGUGCUGGCUAUGGUAGUGGAUAUGGUGGUGCUGAAACUGUGGGUGAUGACUCUGAAAAGCCUGAUUAUGAGAAAGAAAAGAAGCACCACAAAAAUCUUGAGCACCUUGGUGAAGCUGGUGCUCUUGCUGCUGGUGCCUAUGCCUUGUAUGAGAAGCAUGAGGCAAAGAAGGACCCCGAGCAUGCUCACAGGCACAAGAUAGGAGAAGAGAUUGGAGCGGUAGCCGCACUUGGAGCUGGUGGAUUUGCAUUCCAUGAGCAUCACGAGAAGAAGGAAGCUAAAGAAGAUGAGGAAGAGGCCGAGGGGAAAAAGAAGCAUCACUUUUUCUAAUUCCCGUGAUCACAUAUAUAUAUCUGUAUAUGUACCUUUAAUUUAUGUAAUCUUCUCGUGAGAUUUCCUUUGCUUUGCAGUUGUGCCAACUGCCUAAAUAAUCUCGUGUGUGUAAGACUUUCGAGUUUGCUCCAUCCUUGUUGUGUACCUUGAAUAUGUGACUGGUGCUGCUAUUUAUUACGCGCACUAUUGUCAAUAACAUAUUAGCCUGUUUUUGAGUCUUUGAAACUAUAUCAUAGUUUGUUGCU